AUGAAUGACAGCCAAGAACUGGCUGCGCUACGUGUCAAUGCGAAUAAUUUGAGCCGCUGCCUGGAUGCGCUUCGAGAGCGAAUCGAGAACCUAGAGAAAAAGCCGCGCUCAGGGACCUUUAACGAGACGGCCGCCAAUGAUGAAGAACUUUCUAUGAAGAACGAACAUGCUGAUCCCCAGGAUUCAGUGAACAUGGACGGUCCGAGAACUGGGUUGAAGAAAAGUGACGUCAUUACGGAAACGGCGCUCAAAACUAAAUCCGUCCAAGCGCUCUCACUCGACUCACUGCCAAGUUUUCCAACGAUUAGCAACGGCAGGAUACUUAGCCCAGGUUAUCAAUCCCGAGCGGUGAACAUUGACGCCAGACAGCUAAACCAGGUUGAAGUCGAGACAAUCUCAAGACAGUUGGUUGUGACACGUGUGAACGCCUUGGCAACUCAUGAUAUCCAUCCUGGCGAUACCAUAACUCAUGUGAACGGAAAACCUGCCGUUAAUCAAGAAACAAUUUCGAAUCUAAGUGGACGUGUAACUCUAACGCUCGUGCCAGCCGCGAUCCAUAGUGCUCCUUCAGUCUUCUAUCGUGUAAAUGCUGACUACAGCUCGGAUUUGGAUGAUUCACGAAUCUGCCGCUGGCUAUCUAUCGACGUCAAGAAAGGGGAUGUCGUCCAAGUUAUGAGCCAGGAUGAUAAUUGGUUUCAGGCUCGAAAAGUCAAUGACUUGUCUCGAGUAGGUUACCUUCCAGCGACGUUAUUCAAAGAAAAGGUAGCUAUGCUUUCUCCGUAUGGUCGCAGAGUGCUCGUGCUGCUUGGUGCUGUAGGCGUCGGCCGGAGAACGUUGAAAUCCAUGUUGCUUCGUUCUUCUCCACAAUAUUUUGCUACUGCCGUGCCUCAGACCUCGAGGCAAGCUCGACCCGGCGAGCAAGAAGGCCGUGACUAUCAUUUCGUUACUAAAGCGGAAAUGCUGCAAAAAAUUCGAGGAGGUGAAAUGAUUGAAUGGGGAGAAUUGAACGGCAGACUCUAUGGUACAUACGCAGACGACGUGCGAUCUGUUGUACGAAGUGGACGAGUGUGUGUGCUCGAUUGCGCACCACAAGCGCUUUCAUAUCUCUAUAAUUCGGAGUUUAUGCCUUUUGUUGUACAUGUUAUCCCACCGCCACUGGAGGAGUUUUUACAGCUGGAAAAUCUUCGACAUCAAAGACGACCAGUGGAUCAAUUGAGCAACGUAUGCCUACUUUUAUCAAUACUACUUUUUAUAGGGCAUCAAAUUCAUCUUACUUUAAUGAAUCGAAAUAUGGAUGUUACAUUUAAAAGGUAA